AUGCAAAAGCCAAAGAUAUCUCAUCUAGCAAGGACGAAGAGGAUACUAAGGUAUCUAAAUGGAACUCUCGACUAUGGCAUUUUAUUUCCUACUGUUGAUGAAGGAAAAGAAUGCAAGCUAGUGGGAUACAUUGACUCAAGUUGGUGUAGUGAUGUUAAGGAUAGAAAAUCCACAGCUGGUUAUGUUUUUAUACUAGGUGGUGCACCAGUUGCUUGGAAUUCGAGAAAAGAUCCGGUAGUAGCACUAUCAUCGUGUGAAUCAGAGUACAUAAUUGCUUCUCUUUAUGCUUGUAAAGCAACAUGGAUGGUGAAUCUGGUCGAAGAAAUUACAACAAAGAAUCAUGGAGCAAUUACCAUGAAGAUCGACAACAUGUCAACUAUCAAUUUAGCGAAGAAUCAGAUAACACAUGGGAGAAGCAAGCACAUUGGAAUGAGAUUCCAUUAUCUUUGUAAGCAAGUAGCAGAUGGGAAGCUAAACUUGGAACACUGCAAAACUGAGAAUUAG